CACCUUACGACAUUAAGAGCUUUAGUUCCCCUACGGGAGUUGCUAGACCUGUGUAUACGACCGUAGUCAGUCAGAGUCAGAGUACUGUCCUCCGUGGUUUUCCAACGAAAAUCCAUGGUUCAGUGAUCAGUUGUAUGUUGCAUCCUUAUUCCCUCGUUCUCUUUUUCGCGUCCGACUAAAUAGUCGAGAUUAUUUUCAACGAAUCUGUUUUAUCAAAUCGUCAAGACGAAGCUUAAAAUGCCAUUGGGCAAUCACGCUGCCCUUACACCCCUGGAGGAUAUGUCAGCUGGUCGAGGGCAAGCAGGUGGGGGGCCUCCUCCGAAUUGUCAGAAAGUUUUUAUACAACGUGACUACAGUGAAGGCACUAUGGUUAAGUUCCAAACACAGUUUCCCACAGAAUUAGAAAGCAGACUGGACAGACAGUCGUUCGAGUAUACAAUCAAUCAGUUGAACAACUACUUCGCAGAAGCUGAACGAGCCAGUUGUUCCACAUACUGCGAAGGCUGCCUGGCUUGCCUCACUGGUUAUCUAAUUUAUAUAUGCACAGAGACUCAUUACGAAAAGUGUUUACGAAAAGUGGCAAAGUUUGUUAGUGAACAAAAUGACAGAGUCUAUAAGCCACGUGGGUUGUUACUAACGGAUCCUGUAAUGCGUGGUCUUAGGCUAAUAGAAAUUUCAGUAUUGGACAGGCCUGCAUCGUGACUGCACAUUAGCCGAUCCAGGGAGUUCUUUAUGUGAUCCGAGCACUUCUGCCACUUUGUUGGGAUUGCAAAACUUAUAUGAGCUGAUGAGUGUCUCUGGACAUAAAUUUUGUUCAAACUCCAAUCGUACCGUACAAUUUAGUUAAUGCAAUGUGAAUUUUACAGAGAUUCACAGAAUAAAGGAAAACGGUUUACAUUUCCAGUGAAUGAUACUGUAAACAUACAUGCAACGUUUUUGUUAAAUAACACGAACAAAAGUUGACUUCUUUGAUAUAGUACAAUGUAAGUUUGUUCUAAGGAAAGCUUUGUUUAUUCCAUUUGAUGGAAUGUAACGAAUUUCAUUGACACUUCGUGAGACCUUCGAUCGUGAAAUAACAGUAACAAAAAUACACUUUCACAGGGUUUGUCUUGAAAACAAAGACACAAUUACUCUUUCUUUGCAUGUAUGUUUUUGAUCAAUUGGAAUUAUUGUAUCUAGUGUUCAGCACUGAGUUUGGACAAAUCGUGGAUGAGUACCAAGGCCAAGGCGUUAAAUUUUCUAUGCAUAUAACAAUGCCAAUGUAAACGAUCGAUGCAAAGCAUCUGGGUGUGUAUUUACUAAGGAGUGUGUUUUAUUCAUCAAAUGCAUAAGACCAGAAAAACUUACACAAAUUUUACUCGCAUGCCCAGUUUCUUUGUAUAUCGAGUGAACGUUUAAAAAGAUUUUUACUGUUUGUUUAAAAAUUUUAUCGUCGUCUGCAUUUAACAGACAGUGUAUGUGAAUCAAAUUCGAGUUCCAUUUCUUAGUUGAAUAGUUCCAAAUUCAAUUUGGUUUUGAAUUUGAUUCAGCAUCAUCGUCAAGUACUGAGAAACAUUUAUUCGCGUCAUUAUAAGCUUAAAACGCUUUGUUCAACUUCGUUUAAGCUUAAUUAUUCUUCGCGUUAUAUCUUCCACGAUGCUUCUGUUCAGUGAUCAUAUCUCGUGAGUUUUACUCAUUGAACCUGUGAACACGACACACGUCACAAGCCCAGGUGUUCACUUACCGUGGAUGUGACACCUCUCUAUUAACAGAGUAAUUAAUUAGUCAAAUCGGAUCGAAAAAUCGAAAUUGCUGGCACAAAGUUUUUUCGCUCAGAGAAAUCUCCGUUGGAUUGGCUAAAAAUGAAAAUUGUACAAAAAAGGAGAGAAAAAAGAAAAAAGAAGAGACGAAAACGAAAAAAAAAAGAAAAAGGUGAAUUACGAAAGAGAUGAUUAAUUAAAAAGUAGAUUAUAUUAUAUCGAAUCAAUGUGACGGUGCGAGCAUUGUGAUCAAGGAUGAACCGCGACUCACAUGCACUUAGUUGGAUGAUGCUGAUUAUACAUAAUUAUAAUCGCAUUGUAUGCGUGAUUCUUUUGUUUUUAUAUUUUUCUACGAACUCGCGCGAGACUUAAAUGAAUUUUUCUUAUUAAAUCUUGCAAACCGUGUGCUUGACUUUCUCACAGAUUCUUUAUGAUUUUUCGUAUUCCUUUUCCGAUAGAAUGUUAUGAUAUGAUCUCAAUCGACAAGCCUCGAAACUUUUCUUCUUUAUAACAUUGACUAACGAGUAUAUCGUUUUUUACGAGAUGUUUCGAUGGCUGUUUUAGCGCCCAUGUAUACUUACCCGUGUCAUGAGGAGAUUAAGCAUUCAUUUUCUAGGAUAAAACUCGGUCUCGUCCUUGGUCACGGUGAUCAUAAAUGGAGCCUGCUCCACAUAAAUUGUACGACAAGGUGAAAGAGUCUUGCCAAAUAGCCGCGCCACUGCCUCGACAUACUCUCUCUCUCUCUUCCUCUCUCUCUUUCUCUAUCUAUCUAUCUAUCUAUCUUACGUUUCUUAAGUGAAUGAAUUAUAAAUGAGAUUAAACAAAUGAAAAUCUCUAAUAUAAGGAACACAUUUUUUGUCUUAUAAAAAAAAUGAAAAUAAUUGUCGAACAGUGUCGUAGUGUUACGCGUGUCAGGCUCCUCUUUCUUUCUUUUACUAUGCAAUCAAACGUUGCAUAAAUAUGUAAAUAGCGAAUUUAAAUCGUCGACACACGGAGUAUCAAGAGAAAAAAGAUGAUGAGGGGAAAACGUUUGUUAUACUUAAUUUAAUCGUAGGACCAAAAGAAAAAAAGAAAACGUUUGAUGAUUCGUUAUUGUGUAAAGGACACCAUCGUUCGAGUGUAAUUUCUAAAUGUUUUAAUAAUAAAAAGCUGCGUAAAAGUCACGGA